AUGGCUGCCAUUCAUCAUAAUGAUGAAUCAGCACGUAAUCCAGCAAAUAAUGCUAGUAUGUUUCGAGUUCUUGGUUGUAAAGAAGAUGAUCUUAAUGAACAAUAUCAAGAGUUAAAUGAUAUGAUUUUACGAUGUAGUUUUUAUCAAUAUAUGGAUAUUUAUUCUUAUCUUUCUAUAGACAUUAUGACACAGCGUUAUCGAUAUCUUAAAAAUCUUCAAUUAACUUGUCCAAUUGGAAUUUAUAGGUAA